AUGAACUCGCUCGGCAUUUGGCCAGCUGUGCAAAAAGGAGCCGGACGCUUUCUACCGACUGUCAUGAAAGUACUAUGCAAUUUGGUACUUCUCUUCGCCAUAAUACCGUUCUUCUUCCACGUAGUGUACGAGCUAAAGGAUGCAGCGAUACGAUUGCAAUUUGUUGGUUUGCUGAGCUUCUGUAUGUUGUCAUUUUUUAAGUACUGGGCACUCGCAGUCCGUGGACCGAGACUCGAGAGUUGCAUCGAAGAGAUACAAACUAAUUGGGAACAGGUGGAAUUGGGCGAAGAUCGAAAAUUGAUGAUGGCAUAUGGUAAAAUGGGUAGAAAUCUGACGAUAAUCUGCCUUGUAUUCAUGUAUACCGGUGGAGGUAUCUUUCAUACGAUCACGCAAUACGCGAUCGGCACGUUCGUUGAUGAACACAAUCGCACGAUCAAGCCACUAGUGUAUCCCAUUUACAAUGCUUUGUAUGACGCGCAAAGAAGUCCGGUUUAUCAAUUAGUGUACAUCGUGCACUGCAUGUGCGGAUAUGUGAUUUAUUCUGUGACGGCUGGUGCUUGCGGAUUAGCCGCGCUUUUCGUAACCCACAUCUGUGGACAGAUCGACAUCGUCAUAUCACGAUUGAACAAUCUCGUCGACCGUAAACAAAAUUCCAAUCCGAACGGACGAUUAAUAGAAAUUGUCGAACACCAUCUACGAACAUUGAGAUUUUCAGCAAUGGUAGAGACAAUUCUGCAAGAAAUGUGCUUAAUGGAAUUCGUUGGUUCCGCUAUUUCGAUAUGCCUGCUCGAAUAUUACAUAAUAACGGUGCGCUAA